GCCAGUGGUCUUCUUGCCUCGGCGCUGCGAAUACCAUCGCACGGCGGCGCGCUCUCGGAUUGUGCCCUCCUCUUGCGUGGAUCUAAAGCCGUUUCGUGGACGAAAUAAGCCGAGUGGAUGAUGUUGUGGAGUGCGGCUGACGAAGGCGUCUCGGCGAGCGGCAUCGAAUCGAAGUGAUGGGACCGAUCGACCUCAGGUGUCGUUGUCUUUUGCCAUGGAGAAAUGAGAACUGUGCUUCGCUCGUCCUAAGAUGGCGAGACCGGUCGGCCCCGGACUAGCCCCCGGGAUCAUGGCGCUCUCAUGAAAGAAGAGGACGCCUCUAUUUUUUUUUUAGGGUUAAAAAAUGAAACGCAACCUUUGGUGUCUGAGCCUGGCAGCUCUGCUAUGGGCUGCCGUCACCGCCAACGUCGGGCCCGAUUACCACAGCCCCGACGAUUGCCAGGUCACCUCGCUGGCGGGCACCGACCUUGUGGCCCUCCUGUGUCGACUGCGGACGAUCAACAGCGAACUCGACACGACCAAUUUCAGCAUCAUCCCCGCCCGGAACACCAUCCGUCUCAAGAUCGAGUGCAGCGACGUGCUGUUCUUCCAGAGCGCCCUGCAGAACAAGAGCUUCGUCAAGCUCAGGGAACUGCAGGAGCUCGACAUCGAGUACUGCAAGAUCGGCGAGGUGCCCCGGGAGGCGUUUCUCGGCCUCACGAACCUCAGGAAUCUGACGCUGCGGACUUACAACACGGACUGGUCCGCCAUGACUCUGAAGAUCGCCAGCGAGGCUUUCAAGGACCAGAGGAACUUGGAGAGGCUCGAUUUGGGGGACAACAACAUCUGGACACUCCCGCCCGUCCUGCUGUGCGAUCUCGAGAACCUCAAGCUCUUGAAUCUGUCGAGGAACAAAUUGCAAGACCUCACUGUGCUGAGCUUCAGUCAAGCAGAACACAUAUGUGCCCCGAGCUUGCGCUCUCUCGAUUUAUCCUUCAAUCAUUUGGUGCAUGUGCCUGCGUACGCAUUCGCAGCGUUGAAAAACCUGCAGGCACUCAAUAUGAGUCUCAACGGCAUCAGCAAGCUGGAGGACAAGGCCCUCUUCGGCAUGUAUUCCCUCGAAGUAUUGGAUCUGUCGGGCAACCUUCUCACGGCCCUCCCGCCCGAGUUGUUUCAGGAGAACAAGAGGCUGACCAAAUUGUACAUAAGGAAUAAUUCCGUGAGCGUGCUUGCCCCGGGCCUCUUCACGGGCCUGAGUCUGCUGUUGGAGCUGGAGCUGUCUGAUAAUCAGCUGACGAAUACGUGGGUGAACUCCGAGACUUUUACCGAUCUCCUCAGGCUCGCCAGUCUAGACCUAUCCAACAACCGAAUCACCAGAUUAGAUGCAGCAACCUUCCGCAACUUGACCAACUUGCAGGUGUUGAAGCUGCAGCAGAAUAUGAUCGAGACGAUAUCGGACAACACGUUUCGCGGCCUUUUUCGGCUGCACACGCUGGUCUUGACCGAUAACAGGCUGAAGGUGAUCAGCGAUAAGACGUUCCGAGGCCUGAUCGAGCUGCGGGUGUUGAAACUGAACGACAACGAGGUGUUCAGCAUCGACAGCAACGCCCUCCUCAACUCGACCGGUUUGCAAGAGCUGCAGCUGAGCAAGAAUCACCUGCAGGACGUCCCCCACCUCCUCAAGAGCCUCACGACGCUGAAGACCCUCGAUCUGAGUGGCAAUCAUGUGAGUGUCCUUAGUAACAACUCCUUCGUCGGGUUGCGCAACGUCAGUGUCCUCAAACUCGCCUCGAAUGAAAUUGACAACGUAACGAAAAGUGUCUUCGUGAAUUUGCCUUCGUUGCAAGUGCUCGAUUUAGCUAGGAAUAAUAUCCAUUCCAUAGAAAACGGUGCUUUCGAAAAUAACAAGCUUUUAGAGGCGGUCAGGUUAGACGACAAUGUGCUGACGAGUGUGCAGGGUUUGUUCUCGUCGUUGCAAAAUCUCCAGUGGCUUAAUUUGUCCAAAAAUCACCUCAAUAUGUUCGAUUACGAUUUCAUCCCGAGAGGGUUGAAGUACCUGGAUCUGCGCGAGAAUUACAUCAACGAAUUGGGGAACCACUUCGAGAUCGAGAGUCAGUUGCAUUUGAAAAUCAUCGACGCGAGCAACAACAAACUGACAGACAUCAGUUCGAGUUCGGUGCCCGACAGCGUCGAAAUCCUCUUCCUGAACAACAACCAGAUCACGAGGGUCCAGCCUUACGCCUUCUUCAAGAAGAAGAACCUCACGCGAGUCGACCUCUACGGCAACAAGAUCAAGAACAUCGACCAGAACGCCCUUCGGAUCUCCAUCAUGGACCCCUCCCGCGACCCCCCCGAAUUCUAUCUGGGCGGGAACCCCUUCGAGUGCGACUGCCGGAUGGAGUGGCUGCAGAACAUCAACAGCCUCGAGGAAACGAGGCAGCACCCGACGGUCAUCGAUCUGGACUCGAUCAACUGCAAGCUGAUGAACAACAAGGGGGUCAUUCCCUUGCUCGAGGCCAAGAAGCUGCAGUUCCUCUGCGAGUACGACUCCCACUGCUUCGCCCUUUGCCACUGCUGCGACUUCGACGCCUGCGACUGCGAGAUGACGUGCCCCUCCAACUGCACCUGCUUCCACGACGAGUCCUGGGCGGCCAACAUCGUCGACUGCUCCUCCGCGGGUUACGACCUGGUCCCCGAUCGCAUCCCGAUGGAUUCGUCCGAGGUCUACUUGGACGGGAACGACCUGUCGUCGCUGUCCAGCCACACGUUCAUCGGGCGGAAGAACAUGAAGGUCCUCUACAUCAACGACAGCAGAGUCGAAGUCAUCCACAACAGGACCUUCAACGGGCUGAAGCUCCUGGAAAUCCUCUACUUGCACGACAACCACAUCAAGGAACUGAAAGGGUACGAGUUCGAACACCUGGCUCACCUGCGCGAGCUACACCUGCAGAACAACGAGUUGGUCUCCGUCCACAACACGACCUUCUUGUCCCUCGUCUCGCUGACCGUGCUGAGACUCGACGGCAACCAGCUCAAAGUGUUCCCCGUGAAUAUGUUCCGGAACAACCAGCUGCUCCACACGUUGCGCAUCGGGAACAAUCCCUGGACCUGCGACUGCGCUGACUUGGAGAAGAUCCAGACGUGGGUCUCGGGCAUCGCCAGGGCCCUCAAAGACAUCGAGAAGGUCACCUGUGCCCUGAACGGCUCUGCGGAAGUGGUGGCACAGGUCACGAGCUUUAACUACUCGUCUUGCAACAACGAGACGGAGACGACGACGACGAUCCGACACGAGGCCUAUCUGGACUACGUCUUCCUGCCGACCAUCACCCUGGGCGCCUUCGCCGUCCUGCUGACGCUCACCCUCGUCAUCUUCUGCAACAGGAACCGCAUGCGGGUGUGGGUGUACGCCAAGUACGGAGUGCGCCUCUUCUACCGCAGCGAGUACGAGGGCGACACCGACAAGGCCUUCGACGCCUUCGUCAGCUACAGCUCGAAGGACGAGGUCUUCGUCACGCAGAUCCUCGCGCCCGAACUCGAGCGCGGCAGCCCCGCCUACAAGCUGUGCCUCCACUACCGGGACUUCCCCGUCGGCGCCUUCAUCACGGACACGAUCCUCAGCGCCGUCGAGACGAGCAAGAGGACCAUCCUCAUUCUGUCCGAAAACUUCAUCAAGUCGGAAUGGUGCAGGUUCGAGUUCCGCUCGGCCCACCACGAGGUGCUGAAGGACCGACGGAGGCGGCUGAUCGUCAUCCUGCUCGGGGACGUCCCCCAGAGGGACCUGGACCCCGACAUCCGUCUCUACCUGAAGACGAACACCUAUCUCAAGUGGGGAGACACCCACUUCUGGGAGAAGCUCAAAUUCGCCAUGCCCGACGCCCAGCCCCCCACCAGAAACCACCAGCUGCACGCCCUGGCGUCGCAGCAUCAGCAACAGCAUCAGCAACAGCAACUGCAGCAGCAACAGCAACAGCAACUGCAGCAGCAGCAGCAGGUACAACAACAGCCGCCCGUGCAGCAGCAACAGACGGGGGUUCCUAGGACUGUGCCUCUGCACAUGUAGGUCGAGUGAAUCAAGACAUUGCUACGAAACUUGCAAAUUACUACUACAGCAUUUUGUAUAAAUAGUCACUUAUCAUUGUAUGUAUCAUCAUAUCCCCCCCCCCUCCUUUUUUUUUAAUCUAUUCAUUCCAAGCGCGCUUUGAUUAAUUGUUAAGGAAAUCUUUUCUUUCCCCAAACCAAAAGGGCUGGAGACAGUCCGAGUGAACAGUGAAACCUUAACAAAUUCGGUGCGUCCAAAACCAGUGCUUUUGUGUGACGUCAACGUCUAUUACGACACGUGACUUCGAAGACGUCGGUGCAUCGUAACUGUGAUGUCAUUAUACAUGUCAUUAUAGUAUGCCAUCUCCCAUUCCAUUAUUCCCCAGUGUUCGAGCGAUAAAAUACUAGUUGAAUUGUCCGUAAAAGUCAGAUUAUCGGAUCGUGUGUCAUUUUUUUUUUGGAGUAUAUUACUCUCGCACGUGUUCUCCACAAGUGUCAUAUGUGGAAAUGAAAUCGUCUGUGGUGUAUACGCAUAAUGGAACGCAUUACGUAAUGAUGACACUUGCUGAAAGGAGAAGUGUAUUUCCGCUGUAUAUGCAAAGGGCUUCCUACGUACUUGUAUCGUAUUUUGUAAAUACUUUUUAUUACCAUAGUGUUGAAUGCUCUAUCCUGUACUGCCAUGGUCUUUGUGCUUGUUUUUUUUUUUUUUGUUUGUUCAUUAUUUCAUUUGUUUCUGUUAUUGCUUGUCUAGUCAAACGAAAUAUUAUUGUAAUUAUUAUUAUUAUUAUUAUUGUAUUUGUCCAAGCGGUAUGUGAUACUUGAAGUUUUUUUUUAAAUAUUUUUAAAGUAUCUGUUGAAAUAUCUUUCAAAUACGAUGCCAAAUUGAGUUAUUGUGAUAAAAUCAUCCAAAUUAUGUCAUAUAUUUUUUUUCUCAGAAAUUUUAUCACCCAAACCCUUCACGCAUUCCAUAGAGUAACCUACAGAAAUUUAGAGAUAUAUUCAAAAUUGUUUUUAACACUGAUCAAAAUUAUGAAAUGUCAACAUGUCACUUUUUUUUAUAAUCCAUAACGCCAUCAUCUUCCAAUAUAACACAAACCAAACCUUUAAAUAUAUAUAAAUAACUUUGGGACAUUUUUGCAAUGUUUGUUUCAUGUCUUACAUUGACUAUUUAACAUUUUUUCGGUUCAAAAAUAGCGAAAGUAAUUUUUGAAAAUUUUUCCAUAAUCAUUUUGGGACAUUUUUCAAUUUUUCUGCCAUGUCUUGCAUUUAUCAUAUUUUUUUGGCUCUUACCAAAAAAAAAAAAAAUGAAAAUUUUGUAACUGCAUCCAUCAAGGUGGUCCGUCAGUGUGUUCUUACGAGCGAGAUGGUUCUAUAGAUAAAAAAUAGUUCUAUAGAUUCAUAAUAAACAUUGAUACGAAACAUUGAAAUCGAUCUGUGAUGAAAUAACCUUAUUUUGUAGAUAUAUUUAUGAGUGUGUGUUAUUUAUAUCUUUCACGGUUAUUGUAGGUUCGUCUGCUAUUCGGGAUAUGGAGAAAGACGGAUUAAGUUUUGGUGUGAAACAAAUUUUUUUUGUUAUUAUCAUUCCCCCACUCCCCCCCCCACCCCCCACGCCCUUAUAAAGAAAGGAGAUUGUGUAAUGGUGCUGGUGAACAAGUAAUAUAUGUUUGUGUUUAUUAUUAUUAUUUUUAAAACACGUAGUUUACAAGAACUAUCAUAUUUUUUUUUAAAUGAUCCAUUAGGGAUGAUUCGACUUGCAACCAAACUGCCGAAUGAAAAUUGUUUUGAUCAUAGGUCAACUUUGCAGUUUAAAAAAAAUAUCAAUUUUGUUAGAAUCAUGUGUUUUUGAAAUGUCUGUUAAUGUAUGCCAAUUUUCAAAGUAACGAGUGUUUUUGUCUAAUUUUCAAAGCAAAUGGAGUGAUUUUGUCUGAUUUUCAAAGAAAAUGAACGGUUUUGGUCUAAUUUUCAAAGUAAUUGGAGAGUUUAUGUCUAAUUUUCAAAGCAAAUGGAGUGUUUUGUGUCUGAUUUUCAAAGAAAAUAAACUAUAUUUGUCUGAUUUUCAAAGUAACUGGAGAGUUUUUGUCUAAUUUUCAAAGUGACUGGAGUGAUAUUGUCUAAUUUUCAAAGUAAAUGGAGUGUUUUUUCUAAUUUUCAAAGUAACUAAAGUCGAAUUUUCAAAGAAAGUGAGUGUUUUUGUCUGAUUUUCAAAGAAAAUGGAGUGUUUGUAUGAGUUUCAAAGAUACUGGAGUGUUUUAUGUCUAAUUUUCAAAGAAAAUGGAGUGUUUUUGUCUAAUCUCUAAAGUAACUGGAGAGUUUUUGUCUAAUUUUCAAAGAAAAUGGAGUGUUUCUGUCUAAUAUUCAAAGAAAAUGGAGUGUUUUUGUAUGGUUUUCAAAGUAAUUGGAGUGUUUAUGUCUAAUUUUCAAAGAAAGUGGAGUUUUUGUUUGAUAUUAUUUUUUGUGUACAAACAAAUUCAUGUGACUUUGUAAUAAGAAAAUUCAGUUUAAUGACGUCAGUAUCAAAGGUGUCUUAAAAUCGUGUUUGUGUGUUGUUUGUUUGUUAUUUUUUAUGAAAUGUUCAUGCUGGUGUUUGUUAGAAUCUGCUAGCUUGAAUGAGCAUGUUUGUUGAUACCUGCUCAUUUCGUGUUUACCUGGUGAUAUCUGCUUGUUUGAAGUUUGUGUGAUAAUAUCUGCAGCCUGAUACAUAUUUCUUUGUUUGUUUAUUGGAUGUUUAUGUUAGCAUGUUUCUCAAUGCGUGUUUAACUUGUUUGUGUUAACAUCUGUGUUUUGAUAUUUGCUUAACAUGUUUGGUUAUAUAUUUUUGUUAAUACCCGGUUUGGAUUUGAGAAAUAUCUCUCGCCCCCCCCCCCCCCCCCCCUUGCUUUUUGUUUUUGUUUUGAAAGCGUGUUUGUUGGUUUGUUUGUUUGUGUGAUCUCGUGCAUGUUUGAUUUGUGUGUGUGUGUUCGUUAAUACCUGUUUGUUUGUACUCUUUAAAAUGUUUUGAUUUGGGUCAUUGUGAGGGCAAAGAAACCGAGAAGAUUGUAUAGUAGUUGUACGUAAAUUAUGCUUAAGUGUUGCGCUCGUGUGCACCAACUUGUUAAGUCAUAGUUGUUCAGUACUUAAAAACAUUGUGCUUGCAAUGAAACAUAUUCACGUAAUUAUUUUGUCUAGUUUUUUUUAUAUAUCAAGUACUUUUUUAAUCGAAAUUUUAAUAACGUUUUUUCCCUCAUUCCGGCCUCAUUUGUUUUAAACUGUUGAUUUUGCAAGUUUUUUUUUUUUUUUUUUCAGUUUUUAAAAGUUUUGCUUUGCUUGGCAUUGUUCAUGAAGUUUUUUUUUUAUGUGGCUAAUAUUAUUUUCUUUAGUUUUCAACAUUUGUUGAUUUUGCAAGUUUUAUGUAGGUAUAUAUAUGUAUUUGUUUAUUAUUUAUUUUUUUUUUUUUGCUUCUCUUUCUCGGCGAGUAAGCUUAGAAACUACUUUGUUGUUAUUGUUCUUGUUGGGGGGAUAGGGAAGGUCUAUGGAAAAGCCUAAAAAGGUCUGAAAAAGGUGUUUUGCUUUUGAGUUAAAGAUACAGGAAUUUUAGGAGAGGUUAUCUAUGAUUUAUUGAUUAGAUUGAAAGUGUAAAAAAUAAAUUAUGUUCAUGUUAAACAUUACAGAAAAAUCAUUUCAAUUUUCGUUGGUGAAUCAACGCUAUUUGACCGUAGACUUUAGUGCGUGCCUCAAGUAAGCUGGAAGUCGAAUCACGCCUUGUUUCCCCUACAAUCAUAGUAUCAAAAUCAACAAAUACAAUCUUUUAUGUAUGAGAAAAAGACAGGUUUUAUUUUUCAAAAUUUAGGAAAAUGUGGAAUUUCAAAUUUGUUUUAAAAUGUGGGAUUUCAAUCUUCAUUUUGUAUUCUGACCCUCAUUUUCCUUUUGUAUUUUUUUUAUUUUUACUCUCGUUUUGAUACCUUUAGCAUACUUAUAUAUGUUUUUUUUUUUACAUUCAUUGAAAAUUUAAUAUUUUGUAUUUUGUAAUACCAUCAUUUUUUUAGCACUUUCAUUUCAAUUUUUAUAUAAUUUUUUUUAGCAAUUUUUAUAAAAAAAAAUGUUCAGCACUUUCGUUUACAGUUUAUUUUUUUUUAAUACAUUUUGUAUUAUCUUAAUAAUAUCCUCGUUCCACCAUUACUAUAUCAAUUCUGAAUACCAGCAUUCCACGUUUUACAAUUCAUUUCCCAAUCGCCUCCAAUUCCGCUCAGACAAACCACGAACCAUCAUGACAUUUCAAUUCAAUCCGUUUUCGGGGGAGUCGUCGUGGUAACCUCGUAAAUACACUCAGAGUCUGUGGCCGUGGCCUUCUGCCCUUCCAUAUUCAUGAACUCCGUCCCCUAAAUCGUCAACAGACUUAUUAUUAUUCACUUACAGGGAGCUAUGAGAGUUUCAGGCGAGCCAAUCCUCACUCGUUUUUAAUUCGCGUCUUUCGCUGUGUACAGAGACUUGGAUUCGGCGACUUCUCUGUAACGGAGGCUCCAAUAGUAGAUUCUCUUUCGAGUCGAGGUGUUGAUGUUGGCAGCGUAACUUAAUACACCUAGUUUAAUACGUGCACUAGGUGUGAAUAGCUAGGAAUAGAACAUGCAAGAAAAACAAAAGCAUUGAUAGUUUUAUAUUAGCUAUUUAUUUACAAAAUGUAGCCAUGUAUACAUUGACACAUUAAAAUAAAAUAUUUACGAAUGUACACAGAUCAAGUACCAUACCCACAGCAUGUGGUUCUCAUAGUGAGUCUGGGCUAGAUAUUUAAAUCUACGUAUGAAUGACAACUUGAUCGUUUCUUAAGUAUUUUAAAAUGAUUGUAUAUUACAGUUAAAUGUUUAAAAACUGGAACAUGAAUCUCGAGGUGCCAUUUCUUGUAAGUAAAAUAGUUUUUUAUAUAAUUCAUAUUGAGAGAAAUAAUUUGAUUUGCAGUCAUUUUUUUAACAAGGCGAAUCUUUGGUAUAGUAUUAUGAUCGUAAGAAUGAAAGUAGGUGCCAAUAGCCACUGUUAGCCACUAAUAGCCCACGUGAAUAGCCAAUCAGACUGGACAGAAGUAGGGAUUAGUUUUUGUCUAUGACGAAAAGUGUAAAAGCAUGAUGUUUUGUGAAGUGUUGCAUAUUAAUAGCAAUUUUGAUGUGGAAGUUGUUAAGCGAGCCAGCCUUUUUUCAUAAGCAGUUUGUUGAAAAUCAAGCCAUGUGCGUCGAAAAAGAAAUCAUACUCCAUUUGAAAAUUAAUUUUAAAAGGACAUUUUUCAGUUUAUUUUGCAAUGACACCGUUUUGAAUGAAAUGUUGAUUAACUGCUAUUGUUAUUUUGUGGAGAAAUUUGGUGCAAAUCAGACCAAUAAUUUGGUCCAAACAGUUUUUUUUACAAAACAUGAUUUUUUUCCUUUCUUUUUGUUGCCAAGAGUUCAAAUGGUGUCUCGCAUCACAAACGCUGUAUGGUCUCCCUUAACUCGGGGGGGGGCUGGGGGGUGUUUGGGUUGGGGGGUUGCCGUGUUAGUGUUGUUUCUCAGGCAGGAAAUUUGUUCUCGUCCGAGAAUUCAGGAAAUCCUCUCUCUCUCUCUCUCUCUCUCUCUCUCUCAUUGUGCGCU